AUGUUCGUAAUAUCACGACUCAAGCGCCUGCUUCGCCGACGCCCUCGAGUCCUGAGUCCCGUGAAUACCGUGCCCUCGAGCAACAAAGAGAGCCCACCCCCGGUCCACAAGAAGGGAUCGUCUUCGAACUACAAAGAGGCAUCGUCUUCGAACUACAAAGAGACCUCGUCUUCGGGCAACAAAGAAACUCCGCGCACGCCCAGACCAAAACUGCGAUUCAAUCGAGCCCGCGUCGAACGAUGGACCAGGCAGCUGACCGAGUCUCUGGGCGAGUCCCCUGUCAACAACAGCCGGCCAGAAGUUGACAAUAUCAACUACCACAUCGACUUUCCUGGAAGCUCGGAAACCGGAUCUCUCCCAUCGUGCUGGGGAGAACUUUGGACUCACGAUCCUGAAAUCAGACGUUUCUUGUGGGAAGACGCGACUCCUAUUGAACGGGUCGAUCAUAACUUCCGGAUCUUUCAUCAUACGCCUGUUUACGGCCCUGACCCUAUUACUCUACCUUCUCCUGCUUCUGCCUAUCAUUCUCCCGCUUCUUCGCCCUCCCCUUCUUCUCCUUCUCUUGCAUCACUAACCUUGCUACACCUGGCGGCGGUUUCUCCCCACACGCCUUCUCCAACCCUAAGCCAUCUCAUGGAGCCAGAAAGCUCCUCUUCCCUGGCAACUGUGCCUUCGACCAUGGUUGAGUUUGAUAAUGAAGGGAAACUGGUUACCUCUGCCCAGGAACGGACUUCGUCAGUCGAGGAUACGGAACCUGAGCCACCAGCUGAGCGAGUUCAGAAACGGACCUCGCCAACCGACGACGACCUGAAGCCUGAGAAACCAAUUAAGCGAGUCAAGCAACUUGACUUCUCGGGCCUCGACAAGAAGCGCAAGCGAUCUGAGGACCUCGACGUCGACACAGUCGGCGAUACAGAAGCAGACCUCAGUGACUCGGAUUAUAGCAACUUCACUCCGAGUGAGUCCUCCUCUCCCGUCUCAAGCGAGGAGGACCCGCCACCAUCACCAACCCCGAAGCGUGGGAAGAAAAAUCCUCUUGACCCUUCAUUCAGGGAUCCUGCCCCUCGACGCAAGAACAACAAAAGGAGGAAGAAGGGUUCAGAAGACACGGAAUACACUGACCAUGACAGUGAGGACGAUAUUUCUUUCGUUCCGAAGUAUGAACGCAAUCAACUCCUGGACAUUCAUCCCAAGAGGAGAGGAAAGGCUCAACUUGAGCCAGAAAAUCUUCCUAUCAAUCCUGACUUGGGACCACAGGAACAAGCACUUGCCGCUCAGCUUCAUGCUUGUUCCAAGAAGGCCUCGAUACCUCGACACUGGCAAAAGGAUUUCAUGACCUUGCCGGAGAAGUUGUUCUUUGCCGCGGAUAAUGACAAGCACGAAGAAGGCGAUUUUGUCCUUGGGGCUCACAAAAGCUCCGAGUUCUAUGCAAUCCGAGCGUUCCAGGGACUAUUGCAGGUUUGCGGCCAUGUGAGAGAUUUCUGCAAUGUCCUUCGUUCCCCGCCUGAGCCUUUCAUCAAGAAGACAAUCGAGAAGUACCUUCGCUGGGCAGUGACAGAUGCUGGACUCGUGGUAGAACCUUGCAAUAUCCCUAUGCACGUCGUUUACACCAAAACGGACAAAGAAGACUCGCAGGAAGCCAUCACCAAGUUCUACAAGAAGCUGCAGAUCAGAGCGAAUGACUUCAAGAGAUAUGUCCUUCUCACGCCAGCCCGCGACAAAUUCUGGCCAACUCUAAUAGGUUUCUUUGUCACUGGGCCUAUUGUUUCUGUGGUCACUCUUGACACCACCCCUCAGCCUUCAGACGCCAAUCCACCGUCUGAAGACAAAAGUGCUAAGCCUCUAGGCAAAGAAGACUCUUCGGAAAUCAACCUUCUCAUGUACAUGGACCUUUCAGAUAUGAAUCGCGAUGUCUGGGGUGCCAUGUUUCUCGCAAUCCUCAUUGGACAUGUCAGGAAUACGAUGGUCAAGCUGGCUAGCAACUACAAAUCCGCGUGGGUGGCGCAAUGCCCUGAUCCAUAUGGAGAUUCUGGCUAUUUCUCAGAUCGGGACCAGUAA